AUGGAUGAAAACAUGAAAGCAACACUUUCUGAAGGGAAGUUCUUUCAUGCUAAAAGUAUACCAGCAGCAUCGAAGGGCAAUCCUGUUUUUACUAAUAUCAGUACUGCUAAUACAUCCGUUGAUGGCAUGUAUGUGGUCGAAAAUUUGCAAGAAGCAGAUAUUUUAAAUAAUGAUAUCUUAGAUUUAAAGGACAAAGGGCAACAAAUGAAGCAAAUAUUUGGUAACUUUUUAAUCCUUUGUAUGGAAGUUAUUUUUAAAAACUAUACAGCAAUUAAUCAGCAGCUCUAUGUAGCAUUUAAUCUAUCUAUGAAUAUUUAUUACACGUGCUGUUGGCUUACACGCAGUCAGAUAUGCUAUGAUAUCAUUUCAUGA